AUGUUUUUGCGUUUUCCUCUACUGCUAUGCGGAAGAAGCUCCGCGAAACGAUUUGUGUCGUCACUGGCUGGAGAAAAUGCUCUUCCACCCAACUUGUUGCUUCCGGCCAAUCUACAAGACGCGCCCAGGACAAAGCGCCCGCUUCCCACGCCGGACACCCCUCUGCCCCUCCUGAGGUCUUGCAACACUGACAUUCCUGCCCACAGGAGCCCCGUACGGCUAUGGGUGGACGCUCUAGAAGGACAGGGCGACGACCCGCUUGGCGUGGCCGAGCUGCAUCCUGACGUUUUUGCCGUCCCGCCCAGAUUGGACAUCCUGCACAGCGUAGAAGUGUGGCAAAGAAACUUCAAACGCAUUAGUCACGCCAAUACGAAGGUGAGGUCUGAGGUACGGGGAGGCGGCCGCAAACCAUGGAAACAGAAGGGAGGAGGGCGCGCUCGCCACGGCAGUAUCCGCUCGCCCCUGUGGAGGGGAGGGGGUGUGUCCCACGGCCCCAGGGGCCCCACCAGUUACUACUAUAUGCUGCCCAUGAAGGUGCGUGUCCUAGGGCUUAAAGUGGCCCUGAGCUCCAAGGUGGCCCAGGGUUUUCUUUAUAUCGUGGACUCGCUGGACAUUCAGAGUCCAGAUUCGCGGGAUUUGCUGGACGCCAUCAGACUCAAACACUGGGAAGACUCCCUGCUCAUCGUCGAUGUUGGUGACAACUUUGCCGACAACAUCCUGCAGGCCACGGCCACCCUCAAGACGGUCAACCUCAUUCCAGCUCUAGGUCUGAAUGUGCACAGCAUCUUGAAACACGAAGGCCUGGUCCUCACGCUGGAGACGUUGCGCUUCCUGGAGGAUAAACUGCUUUGGCACGACCAGCGCUACACACCGCUGUAUCCGUUUAGAUUGCCCUACUCUGACUUCCCAUAA